AUGGACAUUCAGAUUCUCUCUGAUUUGCACCUUGAAUCUCCAAAGGCCUACGACCUGUAUACCAUUCCUCCAAAGGCACCAUAUCUAGCCCUCCUCGGCGAUAUUGGCAAUGUCGUUGCCCACAAAGAUGAUAUUCUCGCUUUCCUAACGAGACAUCUUUGUCUAUUUAAGGCAAUUCUCUUCGUGCCAGGGAAUCACGAAGCAUAUCACUCGAGCUGGGAAGAAACUAUCGCUGUUCUUAGUGCAUUUGAGGAACAAGUCGAACGCGACAGUUCACUCGGCCACUUUGCGGUGCUUGAUCGCGGUUCAUAUCGCCCACCAGGGUCAGAUACUGUCAUCUUGGGCUGCAGUCUUUUCUCUCAUAUCCCCGAAGAAAGCCAGAUGGCUGUAGAGAUGGGCCUGAAUGAUUUCUUUCUUAUUCAAGAUUGGACUGUGGCGGAUCACAAUAACGCCCAUCGGCGCGAUCUUGGCUGGUUAAAUGGCGAGGUAGCCAAGCUCGAGGACCACUGUGAUGCCACCAACAUCAUUAUUUUUACUCACUGGAGUCCAUCUCGGCUUCCUGGCGUUUCAGAUGCCAAACAUCUGAUGAGCCCUAUUACCAGCGGAUUUUCCACGGAUCUAGUAAACGAACGAUGCUUUAAUAGUAUUAUAGUCAAGGUGUGGGCUUUCGGCCACACGCAUUAUAAUUGCGAUGUUGAGAUGGAGCGAGAAAGUGGCGCAGGGAUGCUAAGGCUGCUGGCUAAUCAGCGAGGGUAUUAUUUCGCGCAGGCUGAUGGGUUUGACGUUGAAAAGACCAUCCGACUAUAA